AUGGCAGCUCAUGUAGACCAUGUGGUUAGUCGCGCAGAGAAAAAAGCCGUUGCAAUAAUGAAACUUAUGCCAAAUAUUAGAGGCCCCGGAGACACCACAAGAAGGAUAUAUGCAAUGGUAGCCAAAGCGGUAAUCAUGUACGCAGCCCCUGUAUGGAUGAAAGUGUGGAAAACAACAAUCUACAAAGAAAAACUGGAAAGGCUAAAUCGACGUUUAGCCAUAAGGGUAGCCAGGGCAUACAGAACGAAAGGUAAAAGCAAGGAAACGAGCAGAAGAGACCUACUAGCAAAUUGGCAAGCGAGGUGGAACGAAGAAAGGUGUUGGACAAAAGAGUUGAUAAAGAAUAUUGAGCCUUGGAUAAACAGAGGACAUGGAGAGCUAAAUUACAAUCUGUGCAUGGUGUUAACUGUACAUGGAACCUUUAAUACAUACAGAAAAAGAAUAAAAAAAGAUGAAACAGGAAAGAAGGGUAGAGCUAAACACGAAAAUAAAGGAGAGUAUCACGAAAGAAAAUAUGACAAAUAUGAUGAUAAAGAAUGA